AGCUUUGUAGUCACCAACAAAUUUACACAGACAAGAAGAGAAGAGAACCGAUCUCUUUGUGUUCUCUAGGGUUUUGCCGGAAUGGGGAAAGACGAAGAGGAAAUGCGAGGGGAGAUCGAGGAGCGACUAAUCAACGAGGAGUACAAGAUCUGGAAGAAGAACACCCCUUUCCUCUACGAUCUCGUCAUCACUCACGCUCUCGAGUGGCCUUCCCUCACCGUCGAGUGGCUCCCAGACCGCGACGAGCCUCCCGGCAAAGACUACUCCGUCCAGAAGAUGAUUCUCGGCACCCACACCUCAGAGAACGAGCCCAAUUACCUCAUGAUAGCUCAGGUCCAGCUUCCUCUCGACGACACCGAGAGCGAGGCGCGUCAGUACGACGACGAACGGUCCGAGUUUGGUGGGUUUGGCUGCGCCACCGGAAAGGUGCAAAUUAUCCAGCAGAUAAACCACGAGGGGGAGGUGAACAGAGCUCGGUUCAUGCCUCAGAACCCUUUCGUGAUUGCCACGAAGACGGUAAACGCGGAGGUGUAUGUGUUUGAUUACAGCAAGCACCCGUCUAAGCCGCCGCUCGAUGGAGCUUGCAACCCUGAUUUGAGGCUGAGGGGUCACAGCUCCGAGGGGUAUGGUUUGUCUUGGAGUAAGUUCAAGCCGGGUCAUUUGCUCAGUGGAUCUGAUGACGCUCAGAUCUGCUUGUGGGAUAUUAACGCCACUCCUAAGAACAAGGUCAUUGACGCUCAGCAGAUCUUUAAGGCUCAUGAAGGGGUGGUGGAAGAUGUUGCGUGGCAUAUGAGUCAUGAAUAUCUGUUUGGAUCCGUUGGAGAUGAUCAGUACCUUCUUAUAUGGGAUCUGCGUUCUCCAUCUGCUAGUAAACCAAUACAGUCUGUGGUUGCUCACUCCAUGGAGGUUAACUGCUUAGCCUUCAACCCAAUCAAUGAGUGGGUUGUGGCAACAGGGUCGACUGAUAAGACUGUUAAAUUGUUCGAUCUACGGAAGCUAACCAGUGCUCUUCACACAUUUGACAGCCAUAAAGAGGAGGUUUUCCAAGUUGGUUGGAACCCGAAGAACGAGACUAUCUUAGCCUCAUGUUGCCUUGGUAGAAGGCUUAUGGUUUGGGACCUUAGCAGGAUCGACGAGGAACAGACAGCAGAGGAUGCAGAGGACGGUCCACCAGAGCUGCUGUUCAUCCACGGUGGUCACACCAGCAAAAUAUCAGAUUUCUCGUGGAAUCCGUGUGAAGACUGGGUUAUUUCCAGUGUAGCCGAGGACAACAUACUCCAAAUAUGGCAAAUGGCUGAGAACAUUUAUCAUGACGAGGAUGAUGCCCCAGGGGAAGAACCAAUAAAAGGUUCUUAAGCUUAUUUCUAGGUUCCUAUCUUAUGUGACAUUACUUGUCUUUUACAUCACUCUGCCUUCGAUCUGUUGAUCUUGUUCAAGUAUUUAGUGUAAGUUAUGUAAAACGAGACAUGAAAUGAGUUUACUUUUUUUUUUUUCCA